AUGGAAGCUAAAAGAAGCCUGUUGUGCCCCCGUGCAUUGAAAGAUUUUGAGGAAAAAAUUGAACUGUUAAAUUCUACAAGUGAAUAUUCUGAAGCUCAAAUAAAAUGUUACAAGGAAGGUAGAAAAUAUCUGGACGAAGCUGAAUCCAUAAAAAAAGAGGAAGGCAUACUUUCUUUGAAAUGCACUCAGUUAACUGCUGAGAAAGUUAAACUAGUCGAAACCUGCAAAAAACUGGAUGAUACUUACCGCCAAUUACAGAAUGGAGAGAUUCCUGAACAACUGUCCGUUGAGAACAAAGAUAUUGAACUUAAAAUUUAUUCCCUCUUGUCACCGUGGAAGAUCUGGGAUUUAGAAGCCAAUGUUUGUAAAUGUACUUUCUGGAUCGAUACAUUGCAGCUGAGUCUGUAUACUGAUUCACAGAAGAAUGUAACUGAAAUUAAUGUAGUAACUGAUGAAGUUUGGGAAAGUGUGGCAGAUGAUCAUCCUUGGUUAUGCUUGGCACACAAUAUGAGGAAAGCAACUUUAAAAGAGACAGAAAUAUUCAAAAAUUGCACAACUAUCGCACAAUUCUCAAAGUCGCUGCAUGUGUUCAGUGCUGAGAUGAUGAAAUUGCAGGAUUUGGCUAAAGAGAUCUAUUCUUUAUCCAUGAAGCAUCAUUUGAAACAGCAAAAUAAUUGGCAUUAAUCCUUUUCUUUUUUCCUCCUCAUCUGAACAAUUGAUAUUAUGUUAUAUAUAUGUUCUCUCCUGUGCAAUCUGCCUCUUAUAGAUACUCUUUGACUUAGAAUGUCUGGUUCACAUCUUUGCUUCUG